AGUCAGCUGCUGCUUAGCUUGCUGUUUCGUGUCGCGCUUCUUGUCCGCUUUCAAUGUUUUCCGUUUUAUUUUGUUAUUUCUGUGAUGCAAACCGAAAUUUUAACUAAAAUUUAUGUUAUUGCAUGAGUGUGAUAUUAACUGUGCGGUUUUACUGUGAUAUUUUUCCGUGGAAAGCAGAAAGAUCAAGAUUUUGGCCCGGAGUCAUAUCAUUGUAAAGGAGCUCGCUUAAAAAGUUGAGCCCGCACCGCACCGGCUUGCUCGCUGACCGCCGAGCCGCUAAUCUCGCUUUUUUCGCGCCCCAACGUCGCCCGCCAGAACCGCACCGGCUGCCGCCAUGCUCGCGCACCAAGCACCGCUCGCCCUCUACUAAACUCAAUCGUCUACAACGAUAAGAACGCGUGUGAUAAUAAUUUAAUACUCGCCUAAAUAAGCUUGCAACGUCGGUGUCUUUAAAUCUAACUUUAAUUGUAAGAUUAAUCUUAUUAAAUUUAAUAACUACGUCCGUUAUCUUCGCGUCCGCGCAUCUGUUUGCAAGCGGUGCUGCGUCCGCGUGUGUCGUAGUGUUUGGUAGUGGUGCGCGAAAGCAGUACGCAGCAAGAAGUGAGAAGUGCAUGCUAAGAGCGCGCAGGCGCGCUCACACCCCGCGGCCUAUGCGCCGCACCCGCACAGUGUAACUGCGCGCGCCUUUUACCCCCUUGACUACAUUGGCAACGAUGGCCAUGGUGAACAUGAAUAGCCUCCUCAAUGGUAAAGACUCACGUUGGCUCCAACUGGAAGUGUGCCGCGAAUUUCAACGGAAUAAGUGCUCGAGGCCUGACACCGAGUGCAAGUUUGCACAUCCUCCGGCAACCGUAGAAGUGCAGAAUGGAAGAGUCACCGCAUGCUACGACAGUAUUAAGGGUCGGUGUAACCGGGAGAAGCCGCCCUGCAAGUACUUCCACCCGCCACAGCACCUCAAGGACCAGCUGCUGAUCAACGGUAGAAAUCACCUCGCGCUGAAGAACGCGCUAAUGCAGCAGAUGGGACUCACACCUGGGCAGGUGCUGCCUGGCCAGGUACCCGCCGUGGUGGGCGGCGUGAGCGGCACGGGCGCGGCCGCUAGCCACCUCGCCGCGCUGGACCCGAUCUCUCUGGCCCUGCUCGCCCCGCAGGCAACGUCACCGUACCUGUCGGGAGUGCCCGGCGUGGGGUCGACGUACGCGCAGUACUACACGCCGCAGCUGGUGCCCGCCAUGCUUGGCCACGACCCCGCCGCCGCCGCGGCCUCGCCGCUGGGCGUCAUGCAACAGCCUGUGUUGCAACAGAAGCUCCCACGCACCGACCGUCUUGAGGUGUGCCGGGAGUUCCAGCGCGGCGCGUGCAAGCGCGCCGAGUCAGAGUGUCGCUUCGCGCACCCGCCGCCGCCCGUGGCCGCGCACGACGACGGCUGUGUCACGGUGUGCAUGGACGCAGUCAAGGGCCGCUGCGUCCGCGACCCCUGCCGCUAUUUCCACCCUCCCCUGCACCUGCAGGCGCACCUUAAGGCGCAGGCGCGCGGCGCGAUGGACAUGAAGAGCGUCGGAUCCUUCUAUUACGAUAACUUCGCGUUCCCCGGUGUGGCGUACAAGCGACCCGCCGCGGAUAAAGCCGGCGUGCCGGUGUACCAACCGGCGACCACAUACCAGCAGCUGAUGCAGCUGCAGCAGCCGUUCGUGCCCGUGUCAUGCUGCGCGCCACCAAACGCGCCUUAUGUCGUGUACACGGACGAGCGCGGACAGUUACUGGACACCCUCCCGGUGUGCCAAGAUUUUAAUCGACAAGGCUGUUCAAGACCUACCUGCAGAUUUGUUCAUAUACGUGAAGGGUGCGGGCUGCAGGUUGUGGGGUGCCGAGUGGUGGUGUGUCGCGACGCCGCUGCCGGCGCCUGCCGCCGCGCCGCUUGCCGAUACUACCACAUCCCGGUGCAAUUGCCGCCAGCUCUCAGACCCCCCUAACCUGACCCGACUGCCUCCCGUCCAACCUUCCCGCACUCUCCAUACCAUACCCCUCACCACUCAUUCAUUCCUUAGCGCCUUCAUCUUGCACGUGUAAAGCCAGAAUACAACAUGACAGGUUUCAUAUAAAAAUACCUCAGUGACAUGCAGAAUUUAAACUGUAGACUCAAAAUGUGCUAGUCGGAAUAUAAUCGCUGUUUUUUUUCUACUUAUAAUUUUGUUCAUUGAUGAGCUUCCGAAAUGGGAUGAAAAUUGUGUGAUUGACGAUGUAAAACAUGUCAUUUUGCAAAGCUGGCGUUAUGCGUAGAAAUUCGUCCCCCGCCCCUCCCGCGGCCCAGUCGCCCGCGCCCAGUUAUCAUAUCGAUCGCGCCUCUGGCACACUCGGGGAAGUCCCGCGGCGGAGGUGGUGAUAUCUUAGUGAAUAUCGGUUAGUGUAGCGACGAGUCGAUAGGCCCGUGGACAGUAGUCUUCGGGAAGGAGUGUGUACAUAAGUAGCGGGAUAUAUAAUUCUCAGGCACGGUCAUGCGAUUGUGAUAUGAAUAGAUUUCGAGACGCCGGAGCCGUUUGAGUAAUUUAUCGAGAUCGUACCGAGAUUGUCGAAUAGUAGUUAGUGAGGUUUCAAAUGUUUUAUUACUAUUGUAUAUUAUUUUUUAAGAUACGAUAUGAGUUCCUGUAAAGAUCGGUGCGCGCAGCACGGACAAUUUGUUGUAUAUAAGCGAUGUAAUUUGUACGGGUGGUGGAGCUGCGCUCGCCCUAGCUCUGCCGACGGCUAUGGCCGGUGUCAAAAGUUGCAUCACCCCACUCCUAAUGUGAGCAUUUUGUGAGAAUUAAGUUAACUUUUUAUAUACGUUAUAAAAUUACGUUUUUCUAGAUGACAAGUUUUACACUAGUUUAGAUUAAGCGAAUCAGUAAUGAGACACCAAUAGCGUAGCCGCUUCUCUCCCUCGUCACUGAAACUUUUGACGCCGGAGCACAAUGUUCACGUCGUGUCGAGACCGCGACCCUCGGAGCCGCGCCUCGCGACUCGCCCACUUCACACUUAGCAUAGUAUCACGACACUCGUAGAGUGAUAGAGGACAGACAUUCGAAAUACAAUGAACGUUAUCGGACAAUAUUUAAAAAACGAUGAAGGCAUACUUCCAAGCUAUUUACCUAAAUUCUAGGAUAGAACGUCGGCUUUUAUUCCAGAUAGAUUUUGCUAGAUAAUCAUUCUUUUACUGAUCGAUUCCCGUCUAUCGAAGCACAAAAUAUUACCGACGAUCGAGUCCGAUUCCCUCUCGGUGAGUGCAGCAUGAAGAAAUAGCUACCUACCUAUAUUGUUUUCGACACAAACAGUAUUAACGUUUUGAUCAAAUUUAUCUCGUCGUAUGUAUGUAGAGGUGAUAUGCGGAUAUAUAGAGAGAGCGAGAGAGAGAGAGAGAGAGAGAGAGGCGGGAGUGCGCGCUUCGCCGCGGUCGCCGACGACAGCCGACAGCGACCGAGGCGACGCGCGCACCCCGAAGGCAUGGAAGCCUAAUGCCUAAUAUUAUUCCUAGUCCAUAUCCUUUUUGUUGAUCAGUCAUGCGAUUAAUGUUAGAAUAAAUAUUAAUAAUUUGAUUUAUUCCUCCCAUUUAGUGGAUAUUUUGAUAAUGAUAUAUUAAUAAUGAAAUAUUUAAGAUACAUAAUACAUAUUUGAUUCUAAAUCCUGAUAAAGUGACACUACUUUAGUAAUUUAGUCGGGGGGAUACUUGUGCCGUGAUUAUAUUUUUAGGUAUAUAUUAUGAAAUAAUUCCUAGCGUCGGAAUUAAAGAAGUGAUUAAUGUGUAAGCGUGUUAUAUUUAUUGUCGUACGUAAAGUAAGUGGAAUGCCAUAUCGAUAAAAGGUGAAUAUCGGAGUGGAGUCAAACUCAGUAGUAUCUCGUUGCGUUUGUUUAUGUUGGUUGUUAUAUCGGUACCGUGCUAAGUGAACCUUCACUUUUAUCAAUACGGCACUAUGACUCUUAUAUAUAAGUUGUCAUUUUUAUUUUUUGUUGAAAUUUAUCUGUUCAUGAUUAUUUGUUGCCUAUAAUUUUUAUAAUCAAAAUUUUAUGAUCUGACGCAUUUAUUGUAAGACAAGCGAUUACUUUUAUAAUUAAUUAGUGUGAUAAUAUAAUUAUGGUAUCAAAUUGCCGUUAUAAAAGAUUGAACAUCGAAAGUAUCCUUCCUGUUUAGAAGGGACUCUUCUGGCCCGAGGUUUCUAGCGGAUUUUAUAUAUUUUUUUUCGUUGUAUUUUUAAUGUUGCGUGUGUCUUACACAUAAUAUAUUUCAUUUUUGUGAUAUUUUUAACUAUAAAGUACUGUUAUUAUAAAUGCAAAAUAAAUGGAUAAUGAUGACCUAAUUAAAAUAUUCAAGAAUUUAUUUGUAAAUCACAAAAAAAAAUGUAAAACUGUAAAUAUAUUGACAAAAAAAAAUGAACUGCAACACAAUAAUUGAUUACUAUAUCUCUCAUCUGAUACACUGUAAGUUGUUUGAGUACCUAAUAUUGGUAUCUUAUUAUGUAGUAAGUACCUACAAUCUACUUUAAUGUUAAACCGGUCCAGUGAACAAAGUAUUGAUAAUAUUGUGAAAAUUUUUUUAUUCACGAACAAUCACAGAAAGUACAUGACAUUGUAAUAUUAUUUAUAAAAUUACUAUGUGAUGUGAUCUUCGGAUCAAUUUUGAGUACAGCAUAGAUAAUAAACAACUGAAUAUGUGA